AUGGAAAACGAGUCGGCACCGGCGAGGCGCGUGAUUGAACGCGACGGGGAGGAGAUGGAUCCCCCAGACAGACCGGAAACUGACAUGCGCGCACCACAACUCCUACCACCGGACCAACAAGCAGCCACCCAGGGACCGGAUUCGGGAAAUUCCCGCCAAGCCGAACCCCUGGGAGUGCCUCGCGGCCUAGGGGGAGGGUCACCCCUGCGCAUGCCGUCCGUCCAGCUGCUGGGAUCGCCGACGGCACGUUCACCAGCCGCCAGGCGACAGCGUCUAGAUACCCCGGGAAGAGCGCAAGCCACAGGCGCGAGGGCGGCGGUCGACCUCCUCACCGCGUGGGAAGCAGCGACAUUCCAGGCCGACCGGAACCCUACCCCACGGGACCUGUUUGGCCUGAGAACCCUAAACCCACUAGCGGCGCCACCAGCAGGUCAGCCCCCGGCGACGGCAGAUGAAGACCUUGGGGCAGCGGGCUCCCAGCCAUCGGCCGCAGACGCAGCAGGGCGGCAAGUCCGGCGACUGGUGCAAAUCAACCUAUGCCACCAGAUCCUCCACCAGCACGGGCUAGAAGGGCUGCUGGCGGCGCACGCCGCGGGCAUGCUAGACCUGGAAAGCACCAACCUGACUUCGAGGCUCGGAAACGCGCCAGUAGGCGGUAGACAGUUACACGAGCCCUCGGGGCCCCGGUUUCCCACCUCUCUGGAGGAGAGACAGGUAGCCCGGCCCCCGAGUCUGCCCGCGAACGAGUACCUGAGCAGCGGCGCCACGGAGCGGGAUGGCCACCCCGCACCCGAGGCUGGUGUUUGGCGUACCGCCGGCGUAGUGGCCCCACCCUACCCCGUCGAGGAACGCCAGGAGUACCCAGCAUUGGCGAGACAACGCGAGAGCAGCGAUCUACACCCGGCAGCGACAGGCCACCUCAGCUGGGAAAAUAUGGGCAUUCCGUUCGCCCCGAAACGCGCAACGUAAACGGUAGCCCACCCAGCGCCAGCGCCGGGCCACUGGAGCCAAGCGGCAGAAUCAGACGGUUUGCCCCAGCCGGGGGGUAAACUUCUCCUUGGGAACGUGCUUUUUGGACCGAUAGAAUCCGACGCCCGAGGCAUGACUACCCGUAGGAUCGUGCAGAUGCCAGCGCUGCAGCACCUACAACCCCCGCCCAUGGGAUUGGGAGGCAACCCUGGUC